AUGGCUCGUCUGCCAGGCUUUGUCGUCAGCAACUCAAUGUUGCAAGAAGAGAUUAAGACCGAAAUUAUGGCCGCUGUGGACGGAAUGUUCCUACUAGCACGACUCCAUCUAGAUUCUCUGGUUUGCAUGAGGGCACCGAAGGCUAUUCGAAACGCUCUGAAAAAGCUCCCGCAAGGAUCAAAUGCGUACGACUCCGCUUAUGACCGGGCCAUGGAAAGAAUCAAGGGGCAGGUACCGAGUGCUCGGGAACUGGCCGAACAGACUAUAGCAUGGAUUACUUGUGCAAAGAGGCAGCUCGCUAUCCCAGAACUACUGCAUGCCUUGGCAGUGGAAGUCAGCCAACCCGAUUUUGACGAAGAGAAUCUCUCGCAAGUGGCCGAUAUACUUUCUGUCUGCGCCGGACUAGUGACAGUUGACGAGGAAAGUGGCACUAUCCGUUUAGUCCAUUACACCACGCAGGAAUACUUCGCCAGAACACGGAAAGAUUGGUUCCCAGACGCAGAAACAGCGAUUACCAGGGCAUGUGUCUCCUAUCUCUCCUUCCAAACGUUUGGAAGCGGGGUUUGUCGAAAUCACUCCGAGCUCCUAGAUCGGCUGGAUAUGUAUGAAUUCUACGAGUACUCCGCAUGUCACUGGGGACACCAUGCUCACGAAGCUCUGAAGCCAUGCCCGGAAGUUAUCCCUUUCCUGACUUGCAAUUCCAAGGUUAAUGCCUCACUCCAAAUGCUACAGAGGGAAGAGUUUCGACAUUCGCAGGCUUUGUGGCGGGUUUCGUCCUCCGGCCUGCAUCUCGCAGUGAUGUUCGGGUUGGAGAAAGCAGUCCAGGCGACUAAUGGGCACUUGACGGUGGUUGAGCAACUACUCAACGCGGGUGCUGAUCCAAACGCCAAAGAUUCCUCUGGCUCGUCACCAGCAUAUAUGGCUGCAUUGGAAAUGGAGCAUGCAAUAGUGGACGAGCUUCUCAGAAGAGGAGCCGAUCCCUGCGAGUACCUGCCAUAUAGGGAACAGGAAGUGAAGAGCUUGGAGAUGGACCCGCCAGUUGUUGUGCAAAAGCCUUAA